UUCUCCAACCUCUGCUCUCCCACCAACCCCAUCGAGGAGCUGAUCGAUAACAUUAGCAGAAGAUGCAGAUCGAGACUGAAACCAACGCAGUGGAGGAAGAAAGGAAGAGGCAGAGGAAAGAGCAGAAGAAAUUGAAAAAAUUAGAGAAAAAACGAAACCGCGAUCAGCUUGCAGCCGACCAAACAGAAGAACCACAUCAAACCGUACCAACAGCGACUGGCGAUCCUCAAUCGAAAUUGAAUCAGGAAGUGGCUUCCAAACACAAAUCAAAAGCAGACAGAAAACUUGUUGAUACAACAACCGACUCCCCUGAGAAACCGAUGGUGGACCAGGAACCACAAUCCAAACGACAAAAGACCAAUCACCCCCCAAUCGAAAGAACCACCGAGCCUCAUCGUGAUUCAACGAGUGCCCCUCUUCAGGAAGCUGUCGAACCGAAGCCAACUGAAGCCUUGGAUAAGUCCCCGAAAGAACCUCUCCGCAAGAAGAAGAAGAACAAAGAACGCAGAAAAUCAAAGGAAAAAUCUGGAGACCAGACCGACGGCCCGAAAGCGUCGGAAAUUAUUCCACACAAUGACAAUCGAGUUCCCGAGUCUCAAUCCUGCACGGUCAAUAGUCCACAAACGAGGGUUGACUCCCCAGCAAAGGCGGGUACCCCGACAUCGAAGGAAGCCCUAGAUGGAUCCACAAAUUCACUUGUUCGCCAGAAAAAGGAAAAACGGAAAAAAUCCAAGGAAGCAAGUGGAAAAACUGACGAUCCGACAUCCUCGACGGUUGCAAACAACGAAGGUCCAGUCGAUCAACCACUGGAGCUACAAACCUCUGUUCCAACUCAGACCUCUUGUGAAGAAGCGGGUGAUUCGAUGCCACCGCCUGAAGGCUUGCAAAACUCCCUAACCGAGCCCAAUCCUCCCAAGGAACUCACAAAGUCGAAGAAAAAAGGUCCCGACAAGGACCGCCCAACCGAGUCGAUGGCUCCGAAUGAUCCAGUCGUUCGACCAUCAGCAACAAAACGUCCUGAAGGAGAGGUGGAUCCCGAGUUAGAUCAAAUCUUGAUCGAUUUCAAAAACUCGCACCUCUUGGAAAAAGCUCAACUCCCUGAGUACUUCAAAACCGCAAUUGUCCAUCGCACUUCUCGGGAGAUCUUGACGUCUAAAUGGUUAAAUAUCACUCAAUUGAACGAACUUUCUACCAUUUUCGGAUUGAAAUACAAGAAGGGACGAUUUAGUACAGUCGAACAAACGAUGAUCGAGAAAAUGAUUACAAAAUACUGUGAAGAGCAUCGGAUCAGUAAAGGGGAAUUUGGAAGAAUGAUAACCCAAAAAAAGAGCAACGCGGCUCGGUGCAAGAUGAAAGAGUUGAUGCCCUCGAUAUCGGAUGCCCUGCCGGGUCGUCCGCUGAUCUCGAUCUGGAAAUACAUCCGUAGGGCGUACGACCCGCAGGCGAAGCUCGGCCGCUGGACUGCCGAGGAAGAGGCGGCGCUCAAGGACGCCCACAAGAAGCAUGGCCAGUCCUGGACGUUGAUCAGUGAGCAGGUAGGGCGGCCAGCCGAUGACUGCAGGGACCGUUGGAGGAAUCAUACCUGUGUCAAGGACCUCAAGAACCAAGGCAAAUGGAGCCAGGAGGAAGAAGACCUGCUGGUUCAACUAAUGACUCAAUCGAAAUCGAUCUACUCAGAUCCCAAGGAUCUCCAGUCCGAUGGCCUUUGGACCUGGGUGAGUAAUCAAAUGGGCGGUCGUCGUUCGCGAACUCAGUGUAGAGUCAAAUGGGUCGACAGCUUACAACCUAAACACGCCAAUGGCGGCGAACGGGGCGUUUGGACAAACAGAGACGUCUUACGUUUGGCUCAACAACUUAAGAAAUGUGAUCUGGGAGAGGAUGAGGUGGGUUUUAAUUGGAAGCAAGUCAAGGAGGGAAUCGAAGGUUGGGAGAUUUGGAAUCAAGGAUAUCUGCAACGGAAGUGGAAGAGUCUCAAGAAGUACAUCCUGAAGAAGCACGAAAAGCGUUGGCAGAAAUCGGACGGAUCUGAUGAUUCCAGUGAUCCUCCACCGCUUAGUAAUCAAGAGAUCAUAGAUCAAGCGAUCCAGAAAUGGAGCGCUAGAAGUGAAAAGGCUCUCGACACCCCUGUUACACGUAGAGUCGAGAGUCAAUUUCCUAGCGAACAGGUCGAAGGAGAACGGUCUGAGGAUGAUGAAUGAUUGAUUUUGCUCCAGGUUUCAUCUCCUAACCAAAAAAAAAAAAGUUCAAAUUACAUAGAUUUUUCUCUUUCGUCUCUUUGUCAGUCAUGAAUCCAACUUUUUCCAAAAAAAAAAAAACAGAGGAAGGAUGGCAGAAGAACAAGCAAUAUGAUCUUGAUCAAUGGUCUCAAUGGUGAUCAAACAAAAUGCUCAGUUUAGUAGAUUAUUCCAUACAAAGACAAGGUACAUCAAAAAUGAAAUAUAUCUAUUGACAAUCUAAGACCUCCUGCUUUUCUCAGCUUCAGCCAAGCAUCUAAUUCUUAUCAUACGCAAUGAAUCAACCAUACACUCUUUUCAUCAAUAACUUAUGUGUAUCAUUUGUGGUUGGCGU